AUGGCAGCGUGGAGGCUAACCAUGUCUUUAAAUUCAUCUACACUUCUAAAUGAUGAGAACACUCAAGGAGCAAAAAGAAACACUGAGUGUUUGGAAAGCCUGCUGCAGACUCCAUCAUCGUUUCAAGAUAAUCCACUUCAACAAUUACAGUUAGCAUCCCAGGAAGUACUGGAAAAGGCAAAAAAGAGUGGGAGAUCAAAAUGCCCCCGAUGCAAUAGUUCAAGGAUGUUUUAUUGUUACACAUGCUUUGUUCCUGUUGAAACUGUCCCUACCACAGAAAUUCCAACUGUGAAGCUACCUUUGAAGAUUGACAUUAUUAAACACCCAAAUGAAACCGAUGGCAAAAGCACUGCUGUGCAGGCUAAGCUCCUGGCACCUGAUGAUGUUACAAUUUAUAAAUACCCUUGCAUUCCAGCAUAUGAAGAGAAGAGACACGAAAUAGCACUUGUAUUUCCUGGCCCCAAUUCAGUUUCAGUAAAAGAUAUUGCCUUCCAUCUCCAAAAGUACACCAAGAAGGAUGUCUGUGCUAGUGAUGAUGACUGUUCCAGGGAGCCACUUCUUAAACAAGCAAAAAUAGAACCUGAAGAAGAAAAAAAUCCAAAUGAGUGCAUUUCAAGCAGCAGGAAUGAAGGCACUAGACUGAAGAAAAUAAUAUUUAUUGACAGUACCUGGAAUCAAACUAACAAGAUAAUAACUGAUGAACGACUUCAAGGGUUACUGCAAAUUGAGUUGAAGACAAGGAAAACUUGCUUUUGGCGUCAUCAGAAGGGAAAACCAGAUACGUACCUUUCCACAAUAGAAGCUAUUUAUUAUUUCCUUGUGGACUAUCAUCAGGAGAUUUUGAAAGAGAGUUACAAAGGACAAUAUGAUAAUCUGCUUUUUUUCUUUUCAUUUAUGUAUACAUUGAUUAAAGAUGCCAAGUGUUGUGCAGGAAAAGAGCCUGAUGUGCUCACUGUGAUGACAUUUCCAGAGAUGGGAGUGAAAGACUUGACCCCUCUUGCCAUAAGGAGUGGUCUCUUUUAACUUUUCAGUGUUGUCAUGCUACUGAUAACAGAAUUGGGAUCUUCCUGUGCUGCUGAGUUUACUGUGUCAUUUGCACCAGUGACCAGAGCCAAGCCUGUAUCUCAGACAAAAAGGAAAUAUAUUAAGAAAUGUGUUAUUAUGAAAGGAAAAGCCACUGCUUCAAGUUAUCAAGACAACACCAAAGCACAUUAA